AUUCGAAAAUUAGACUUUGCUGAUGACAUGGUGGUGCAACUACAAUCUAACGAAAGCAAAAUAUUUAUUGGAAUCUGGCCAUAUUCACCGAAUUUCGACGCUAUUGCAUCAUAUAUUUGAAUGCAUAUAAAGUAUAUGUAGAAAGAAUAACCUGUACAGCUUAAGUCAUUGACUGUUAAGGAGAUAAAGAUCUGUAAAAUGGCAGCCAGAGUGGAGAUGGAGAAUGGGGAGAAUUUAUUUUCUCCGGAGGAAGAAAAAGAUGUGGAUAUGUCCUCUGUUGUUGGCAAGGCACAUUUAGUAAGUCCAAACAACGAGGAAUAUGACAUCAUUGUGGACACAAUUAAAGAAAGACUUGAUGAAGGACAGGGAGAAACUAUCUAUGAAAUUGGGACUGGAGAGGGGGAUUCUCCAGGUCUCUCACCAGAGGACAUGCAGGCAUCCAUAGCUACACUUAAAAGCAUAGCAGAAUCUCUAAACUUAGAAAUGGUGCAGCUACGUGAGAGAAAAGAGGGAGAGGGGCUGGUGACUGAGUAUUUACUGAGAAAGACAUUAGAUAAUGAUGACUUCAUGGAAGUCAGGGUGGCAGUUGUUGGCAAUGUAGAUGCAGGAAAAAGUACAUUACUGGGAGUUUUGACUCAUGGUGACCUUGACAAUGGACGUGGCAUGGCCAGACAGAGACUCUUUCGACACAAACAUGAGAUGGAAUCAGGGCGUACCAGCAGUGUGGGCAAUGAUAUUCUGGGAUUUGAUGCAGCUGGACAUGUUGUAAACAAACCUGAUCAUGGAAACCUAGACUGGAUCAAAAUUUGUGAAAAGUCUUCAAAGGUAAUCACAUUUAUUGACUUAGCGGGUCAUGAAAAGUAUCUAAAGACCACAGUGUUUGGGAUGACAGGACAUGCACCAGACUUUGCCAUGUUAAUGGUUGGAUCCAAUGCUGGUGUCAUAGGAAUGACCAAGGAGCACCUGGGUCUGGCUCUGGCCUUAAAUGUCCCUGUAUUUGUUGUUGUGACAAAAAUUGACAUGUGUCCUCCAAAUGUACUACAGGAGACUUUAAAAAUGUUACAGAGGAUUCUCAAGUCCCCGGGGUGCAGGAAGAUCCCAGUUAUUGUACAAAACACAGAUGAUGUUGUAUGUUCAGCAACUAAUUUCACAUCUGAAAGAAUGUGUCCAAUAUUUCAAGUGUCAAAUGUAACAGGAGAAAACCUUGAUUUGUUAAAAAUGUUCCUUAAUCUGUUAUCGACACGAUUAAAAUCUGAAACCUCAGCACCAGCAGAAUUCCAAAUAGAUGACACAUUCUCAGUACCGGGUGUUGGAACCGUUGUAUCAGGGACUCUACUUCAGGGUAUGAUUAAAUUGAAUGACACCUUACUACUGGGACCUGAUGCCCUUGGGCAUUUUCAGCCAAUCACUGUCAAGAGCAUUCAUCGUAAACGUAUGCCAGUAAGAGAGGUCAAAGGAGGUCAAACAGCAUCAUUCUCACUUAAAAAGGUAAAAAGGUCAUCAAUACGAAAAGGAAUGGUGAUGGUUUCUCAAAAACUAGAACCAAAGGCUUGCUGGGAGUUUGAAGGAGAGAUUUUAGUUUUACAUCAUCCGACAACAAUAAGUGUGCGGUACCAGGCUAUGGUACAUGUAGGAAGUGUUCGACAAACUGCCACCAUAAUGAGCAUGACCAAAGAACACCUACGAACAGGUGACAAGUCAAUUGUGAGAUUCCGCUUCAUAAAGAAUCCGGAGUAUUUAAAGACUGACAUGCGUAUGGUGUUCCGAGAAGGAAGAACAAAGGCCAUUGGCAACAUAACAAAACUAUACCCACAUGUCAGUGCAGUUGCUCAGAACACUCGACAACAGCGGGCAGCCAAGAAAGCGCAGGAAGCAAACCACCAGGUCCAUCCUCAAAAUGAACCGCAGAAACCCAGUAAAAAACGCAGAACACGGAACAGCAGCAAAAACCUAGACAUGGAGGAAUCCAAAGAGAAUGUUCCAUCAUCAAGUUCUGUUCAGGAAGUGACAGUUCAGUCAUGAAUCAAAACUUAGUGGGUAUUCUUUUAGGUCAUGUUUCUGUAAGGCAGUUAACACACCUGAAAAUGCCAGAAUUUCCAAUAUCAUUUUUGCAUGCUUUUGUCUUAUGGCAUUCAUUAAGUGUUGGAGCCAAAAAAAUCUUCAUAAGUGAAAGACUUGCAGCUAAGCAUUGUUUUUAGAUUUAUAUCAAAUCAAAUUUUUAUACUGCAAGAUUAAUCUAAGAUUUUUUAAAUUCAUCAGUGCAAUGUUUGUUAUUUUUAAAGUAAGUCUGAAAGUCUAAGAUGAAAAUAAUUUGAAUGGCUUAAUGUAUAUAUGAGUUGUUUACAUCAGUAUUUCAGUAUUUUAGUUGGUAUUAAGAAUUCAACUCUUUAGAUUGCAAACACAGUUCUAAAAUUAUUCUAGAUGAGUAUUGAAUAGAAAUGUGUUUUGCAUGAAAUUACCUAAAACAUAAGGCAGAGGAUAAGUAAAGAAUACAAUAAAAUACCUGGAAUAAAUUGAAUUCACACUUUUCAAAAUGUUAGUGUUUUUAACCUAUUUUAAAAGAAGGCUGAAUUUUUUAGUGGGUUUGUUAAUAAAAAGAUAAAUCUGU